ACAACUUUUAAUAGGGGUUAAAGAUACAUACUUCUGUAUCAAUAAAUUCCUUUGCAUCAUUAAAAAUUCGGCUUGGAUAUAAAGGGAAUAAAUUAAUCAAAUAUUCAAGCAUUGUAGCGCCUUUCUAUAAAAGUUUAAUUUUUCUUUUUUGUGAAAGAGCGAAGAAGCCAAUCAGGAAACUCUUGCACCAUUGACCAAACCAAUCAGAUCAUCUACAUAAAAUCAACAUUCGUGUUUAUAUGUAGAUGAUAUCGUUGAAUUAAAUGCAGAUGUAUUAAGGCAGGUUAAAAGCAUGUUGUUUGUUAGAAGCGCGAACUCGUAGUUGGAAAAAUUAGCUUAAUUUCGAAAACGUCUUGUUAUAAAAGUGUAAGUCAUGGAGCUCAAGGAUUCGGCUGCGAAUAUGUCAAUGCAUGGGUUUGGAAGGAUAUUCAUUAGCAAAUCGAAGCGAAUACAAUUCGUCUGGUUGGUGAUCAUGAUCUGUAACUUGGUCAUUUUCAAUAUUUGUUUUAUUUCACUGUUGAGAUACUAUCUAAGUAACCCAUCAAUGACAAAAAGUGAAACGGUUAUCACUUCUAAAAUUCGUUUUCCCAGUGUUACGGUUUGUGGGCCUAGCGUCAGCAAACACAAACUGGAACGAUUUGCAGAAGAAUCCAAUAAAACUAUCCAGGUAGAUUUUGACGUCAACAAGAAGUUCCCACACCCCUUUUUCCGCAGUGAAGAAAUAUUACAGAAUUUAUCAACGGUUGAAAACUAUUGGAGAAUUAUACCUGACAUGGAGAGUCUUUUCAUGACAAAUACUUCAGGAUUUUGCACAUUUGCCACUCUAGAGAAAUGCAAUUUCACAAGUGACAUCGGAAGAGUACCAGUAUUUUACAAAGGUGUUUGCAAUAAAGUGAACAUGAACGGAAAAUAUUUUCAGAAAAAACCUGGUUCCUUACAUGGGCUUUCAUUCAUAUUGUUUGUUAAUGUAUCUGACGUUGUUCCAUGGGCAUUGUCAAGCGAAGGCGACUCGGUGUACGUUGAUAUAAAGGAGUUUGACGAGCCUGUAUUUCAUGGUUCAGGUUCUAUACUUGCAUCAGUAGGACAAUUAACACGAAUCGAAAUUAGCAAAACCGUGGUAACCCGGCUCAAAAGUCCCUUCCAUUCGAAUUGCACAAAUGGGGAAAAUAAACCACUGCUGUUUGAGGGAACAUACACAAUUGAAAAUUGUCAUAUUACAUGUGCACUGAACAUGGCACACAAACAAUGUAAAAGCAUUGACUUUCACAGUAAUAUGUUCUUGCCGGAACAUAUGAGAAAAAAUUCAACUAAUAUAAGUGAAGCAGCUGCCUGCAGCACUAGCAUCUACAAUUAUCUGAUCGACACAAACUUUGAAUCAUGUCACUGCCAGUUACCAUGCAUGGAAACAAAGUUCCACAAGACUGUUUCAACCGCAAAAUGGCCGCCUAAAAACGAUCUCCCAGCGUACAAAGCAUUAGCAAGUGCAGCCUUUGGACUUAACAAAAGCGAAGUGACAGAUGAAUUUAUCAGAAAUAACUUCCUUAAGAUCGAUGUAUAUUUUGGUGAAUUGAGCUUCCAAAAGAUCACCGAAGUUGAAGAAUUUACAACCGUCAAGCUCAUAUCUGAUAUUGGUGGACAGAUGGGAAUUUGGUUAGGUGCGUCUGUUUUUUCGGUGGUAGAGCUUCUUUUCUUGCUAUGGCAGUCAAUCAAGUAUUUUGUAAAUAGAAAUAACAUCACCGAGGAACAUCCAGAUAACUAAAGCAUAUCAAAAUCGUGUCUAGCGGUAUCUUAAAGGCAAUCUGUCACGACGUUGAUUGAUCAUAAGAACAAAGGGAUUUUUUAUUUUUUCCAGUCCCCCUUUAAUUUAUCGCAUUGUGAAAAACAUGGCGGAGCGCUGGAAUUGUGUUUAGGCUAUUGUUCCAGCUAUUGUUCUCGUUAACCAAUCCACAACGAGAAAGAUUGCCUUUAAGAAUCAUGGAAUCGCAGUCCUGGAGAGCGCCGUUGUGUUAAAGCAACAUUGGAAAAUUACAAACAAUAACAUGACAACUUUUACAAAGUUAAGAAAGGGUAUGCAAAUGCAUCUAAAUGACAGAUGUGUAAAUAGAUUCGUCAUGUAAUGGCUAUUGUGGUAGAAUUUCGAGUAUCCCUGAUAUUUUCCAUAAUGUGAUAAUAUUCUGACGUUGGAAUUUACUUAAUCUUGACAUUAAUUUGUACAUGUUUUUUUUAAAGUUAGCGUCUCGUGGAAGGGCCGUAUGUUAUGUUAUUUUAUGUUGUUAAUAAUUCGUCGCGUUUUUCCAUCGGUUCUAAGGAGACAUCCGUAAAUAUUAACAAUUAUAUCUGAAGCAUAAAUGCUGCCACCGUAUAUAUUGAAAAAAGCACUAAUUACAAAUUAAUACAAAACUAAAUAACGAAAUCAUCAUGGAAGGUCAUCAAGCGAAAAACUUACCGGCGAAGACAGAUGAAGAAAGUUUAGGGGCUAAUUGACUUCCCGACAAACAAUUUUGCAGCAAACUAAGGAUUUUGUGGAAGAUUUACCGACCAACUCAUGAAGAAUCAGGAGUGUCACAUCCUCCUAUACAAGGAUUUGUGUUUGUUUUUAGUGGAUAAUGUUAGGGAAAGGCCCCGCACACUAUAACAAAGCCCUAAGCAAGUAAAAGAGGGAAAGAGGAAGGAAUUAAAAAGAAAAAGGGGUACGAUCAAGUUUGCUGUUUUUAUCUUUUUCUAAGAAUAUGCUGUACUUUUAGCGUUUUUCACCUUAAUAUUUUUGAGAAGUAGACAAACUUUAAUAAUUGCAAAGUUCCGAUCUGAGUAUUGUGGUUGUCAAUUAGUCGUUAGCGAAUGUAACCUUCAUCUUCCAUUUGAAUUAUAUCUUCAACUAAACCCAAUGUCCAAACAUUUUUAUAAGUAAAACUUUUCACUGGAGAAUAAAACUGUCUGUAACUGCAACCAUUUUCAGUUGCCCAAUAACGAAUAGAUAGAAACAAUCCCUCUUGACUGCCUUAUGUAGAGAAACAAGAGAUAAAAAAGGCAACAUACCUCAUACUGAAGGAAUUUGUCAUCUGCCUUUCAACUGAGCAUAUUCAAGCAAACUGCAAUAGAAAUUUCGCUUUUUCAAAUACCAAAAACAAUAAUUUGCACUGAAAUACAUCCAACAGAACGCCCAAGA